AUGGAGAAAGAGGGAGGGCUACUUGAAGCGGGAUUCGUUAAUCAACCCUUGCCUUCAGAAGAAGCUUCGAGAAGGAGCGCUCUGGCAAUUUCGGAUCCUAAGGAAACUGUUCACACAAAAUCCUAUGAGGGACCCGCCAGGGUUGCUUUGGAGGAAGUAGUGGCGGAGAAGCAGCCUGAAACGACUGAAGAGAAGAAGAAGAACAAGGAGAAGAGGGCAGAAGGUGAUGAAGAAGCCAAGCCAAGGAAGGAAAAGAAAGAAAGAAAAUCGAGUGAAAAGAGGGAGUGCAAGCGAGAACAGAAGCGCCUGAAGAAGAAGGAAGAAAAGAGAAAGAGGGUUGAAAGCCCAGAGGUCGACGGAGAAUCAACCACCGCAAGGGUGGAUGAGGGGGUGUCAACGCAACAUAGAGAAUCAAUGCAACCCGAAAAGGAAUCAACAUAA